AUACUCCCCGCAUUUAACUUGGAUGACAUUUUGAUUUCAUCAUUAGCAUCCGGCGCCGGAUUGACGCAGCCCCAAGCCGGGGACUGCUCCUGCCGCCUCCUCCCGGGGAGCUGCAGCCGCCGCCGAGCCGCCUCGCUCCCUCUUUGCCGCGGCUGGGCCGCUCCCCGCCCCUCAGCACCCCUCCCACAUGCGAGCCCGCCCCGGCCGGGUCCUCACCCCGCCCUCCCGCCGCUGGAUUUGCGCCCGGGGCGGCCCCCGACUUUGCGCCCCGUAGUUGAGUUCCGUUUAUGGUCUGAUUUCCGGCCGCCCGCCUGCUCGCCCGGCCGCCCGCCUGUCCCGAUCCCUCCCUCCCCGGGACCCGGAGGAGAGGGGACCAUGCCGGAGCCCGGGCCGGACGCCCCUGGCACCGCUAGCGCGCAGCCCCCGCCGCCGCCGCCGCCGCCCCCACCUCCCGCGCCCAAGGAGUCCCCGUUCUCCAUCAAGAACCUGCUCAACGGAGACCACCACCGGCCGCCCCCUAAGCCGCAGCCGCCCCCACGGACGCUCUUUGCGCCGGCCUCCGCCGCUGCUGCCGCCGCCGCUGCCGCCGCCGCUGCGGCCAAGGGGGCUCUGGAGGGCGCGGCGGGCUUCGCGCUCUCGCAGGUGGGCGACCUGGCUUUCCCCCGCUUUGAGAUCCCGGCGCAGAGGUUUGCCCUGCCCGCGCACUACCUGGAGCGCUCCCCGGCCUGGUGGUACCCCUACACCCUGACCCCCGCCGGCGGCCACCUCUCGAGACCUGAAGCUUCGGAGAAGGCCCUCCUGCGAGACUCCUCCCCCGCUUCGGGAACCGAUCGCGACUCCCCCGAGCCGCUGCUCAAAGCCGACCCCGACCACAAGGAGCUGGACUCCAAGAGCCCGGACGAGAUCAUUCUGGAGGAGAGCGACUCGGAGGAAGGCAAGAAGGAGGGCGAGGCGGCGGCGGGAGCGGCCGGGGCGAGCGUGGGGGCGGCGGCGGCGACGCCGGGCGCCGAGGACUGGAAGAAGGGCGCCGAGAGCCCGGAGAAGAAGCCCGCGUGCCGCAAAAAGAAGACGCGCACGGUCUUCUCGCGCAGCCAGGUCUUCCAGCUCGAGUCCACUUUCGACAUGAAGCGCUACCUGAGCAGCUCGGAGCGCGCCGGCCUGGCCGCGUCGCUGCACCUCACCGAGACGCAGGUCAAGAUCUGGUUCCAGAACCGCCGCAACAAGUGGAAGCGGCAGCUGGCGGCCGAGCUGGAGGCGGCCAACCUGAGCCACGCCGCGGCGCAGCGCAUCGUGCGGGUGCCCAUCCUCUACCACGAGAACUCGGCUGCCGAGGGCGCCGCGGCCGCGGCCGCGGGGGCCCCGGUGCCUGUCAGCCAGCCGCUGCUCACCUUCCCGCACCCCGUGUACUACUCGCACCCGGUGGUCUCCUCUGUGCCGCUGCUACGGCCGGUCUGAAGCCCGACAGGGGAGGGGGAGGGAGCGCCCGGCCGCCUUCCCAGAUCCCGGAGGAGACUGGGCCGGGCCGAGGGCGCCGAGACGUCCAGCGGCCUUCGGGAACCGGGGCUUCGGCUCGCUGCCCCGGCCUCCCCUCCCCCAAUCGGUAGCGUUUUGUAAGUAUUUGCAAUGCAUUUUCGUGCAAUUCACCCCUCACGGAUUUGAGGCGCUUCCCCUCUUACUUUUGGUUUUGGUUCUAUUAAGAAAGAGCAGGAAAAAGAAAAUUCCCGGGUCAUAUACUUCGUCCGAAAGCUUUUGUAAAAGGUGCAACUCUUCCCCCUAAAUUUGCAUUGCGCUGUGGCUUUUUGGUUUUAUUUUUAUAGAAGAGAAAUAAGCCGCAGAAACCUAAACCCCUCUAGAUUAUUCACUUUCUAUAGAACUAUUUUCAGAAGUCCAGAGAGAGAGAGAGGGUGAAGGAGAUAAUUCACACUAUCCUACUUUUAUUCCUGGAUUUCUGGGUGUGGUUCUCCCUCUCCAACCCCAGUUAUCCUGCCUCAUUUUCAGAAUCUGAGAAGCCCCUGGUAGGAACCCCGGCAAAGGCCGCUUUUCCCGCAGAGGUGUGUCACCGUUGACCUCUUCAUUCAUCCUGCUUUGUGACUGUAGAAUUCUCUAAGUGUUUAAAGGGAAAAGACAAGACAGCCCCAAAUUAGACUUCUGAUUAUUGAAACAACUCCACACCUGGCCCGGUGUGAGUGGUCUUAUUUAUUAGUAGCAUUUAUUUUGGGGAUUUCAUUUGUUGGUAAAUUAUUAUUAUUACUAUUAUUGCUUUGUUCCCUGUUUUGGGAGAGUGAUUUCAAUAUUUUUCUUUUUAAAAAAGGAUCUGUCUUUUAUCCUCUCCCCCCUUUUUUGUUCUGCAGUAAGUGUUGGACUUUUGACCUGUGCAAUAUUGUACAAAAUUUCCUGGGAGCCUGAUCUCUUUCUCCUCGGAGAGGAGCAGACGUUUUCACUGUGUAUUCCUGGUCAUUGGUUUGGGAGGAGAAAAUUAAGAAGGGGAAAGGAGGGAGGAAAGAAGCAAGGAUAGGUAGCAGUGCUCAAAGGUAGCAAUGCUCAAAAUACUGGAGCGCUUUAAGUGAAGGACAAUCAAUUUAGGAGAAUUUUAACUUAUUUGAUAUAUGUACAGAUUUCUUGUAAAGUUCACCCUCAACUCCCCAGGGCUCCUGGCUCUGCCACCCAAUCUGUUUUCUUUCUGUUGGCUACACCUGUUGUUCUGCGAUAGCUUGACCUUCUCCCCACCCCCCAUCUCCCUCGUCACUGCCCGGGUUCAGUCCCUUUUUAAGAAAAAAUGAAAAAGGCCCACAAAAUAUUGUUACACUUAAUGUUGUCGUGAAACUGAAUUAAUUAAAAAGAAAAGAAAAGUGA